AUGGUGCUUUGCAAAAUACCUACUUUAAGUAGACAUUUGAACGAAUCAAUAAGUACUAGUGAAGAUACUGGAACGAGUUGGUGCGAAACAUUUGAAAAUUUUUUAUCUGAAUCAAGGGUUAAAGAAACAUUUAACCUUAGAAAAAACCAACUCAAAAAGUUAUCAGUUCAACCAGGAAAGAGCAUUACUUCAAAAGCAGACCUUAGUGACGAAGAAGACUUUGACAUAAAUCAGCCAUCUACCAGCAGUUUGAAUGCUGUUUCAAAUACUCCAUCAACUUUAAAAAGUCGUAAAAUGGUAAAGUCUCUAUCAACUCAAGAAUUUUCUGUUUCUGGGUUUUGCAAAGGUGAUUUUGUAGUUGCUCAUUUAUUGUACAAUGUAAAUACUUCCAAAGAGGGAAUAAAGAAAUUUUACGCUCAAAUUGAGGAUAUAGAUGAAAAUUCCGAUCCUAUACAGUUAAAGCUAAAAUAUCUAAAGUAA